AUGGCGGAUCCCUCUGAGCCAGAAAGACCUAUAGAUUGGAAAGAGCGCUGCAUGGCUCUGGAGGCUCAGCUCAUGAAAUUCCGAGUUCAAGCAAGCAAGAUCCGAGAGCUUCUAGCAGACAAAAUGCAACAGUUGGAGAGACAAGUUAUGGAUGCGGAACGCCAAGCGGAAAAGGCUUUUCAACAGGUACAAGUUAUGGAAGAGAAACUAAAAGCAGCCAAUGUUCAGACCAACGAGUCAGAGAUUCGGCUCUAUAAAAAGUGUCAAGACCUGGAGUGUGUAAUGCAGGAGAAGGAUGACAUCAUUCAGAGCUUGGAGCUGCGGCUUGAAGAGCAGAAACAAGUGAGAAUGCAAGAAGCUAAAAUAAUAGAAGAAAAAGCAGCUAAAAUCAAAGAAUGGGUGACAGUUAAGUUAAAUGAGCUGGAACUGGAGAAUCAGAAUCUUCGUUUCAUCAAUCAAAACCAAACUGAAGAGAUAAGAGCAAUACAGUCAAAAUUGCAAGAACUCCAAGGAAAAAAGGUGUCUUGUGUCUCCACACCAAAACUCUCAGAAGGGCAGCGCCUGAGUGAUUUGACGUUUGGAUGCUUCUUGUCCCGAGCAAAGAGUCCUCCUCACGUAGUAAGAUUCGAGGGAGUGAGCAAGACGGCAUCGAAAGACCUCGAGUUCACCGAAGAAAAAUGCGUAGAAGAGAUGGAAAUUGCAGAGAAGCCUGCUGAUAACCAAGUCCAAGAGAGCAACAGAAGCCAGGGAAAGUUGCAUGAGACUUCUCGCAGCUCAGAACAGAACCGGAAAACCAGAGCAAGCUUUGCGACAGAUGGUGCCACAUCCCAGAAUUCCGGGCUUCCAGGGAGUGACUGGAGUUCUGACGAGGAAGACAGAAGCAAGGGCAGAUCCAAGCCCAGGCGCACGUCCACUCUUUCCAGCCACACGUCUGAGGAGGGCCUCCAGUGUGGUGAAGCGUAUCUCACUGCAUCGGAUGACAGCAGUUCUAUUUUCGAAGAAGAGACUUUCGGCGUUAAUGGGCCAGAGCACAAGAAGCUAUAUUCUUGGCAGCAGAAGGCACCAUGGAAAGCUCAGAAUAGCCUUGCAAAGGGGAAUUCCCAGUCACGGAUAAAGGAGCAAGAUAGUUCCUCAGAUGAACUGAACAAGAAAUUUCAGUCCCAAACACUGGACUAUUCAUCCUCCUCAAGUGAGGCCAACACCCCAAGCCCUAUUUUAACCCCAGCGUUAACCCCCAAACACCCUAACUCACUGCUCCCUAGGAAAGGAACACAGUUAGUGCCUUCCCUGUACCUGCCACCCCCAAAGCUAAGGAUACCCAAUGUUUUCAGUAUAAGUGUGGCACUCACCAAAAGGCACCUGAGCCAGCCACAGUUGUGUUCGGACCGGAUGUUUGGCACGAACAGGAAUGCCAUAAGCAUGAUCCGACCACUGAGACCUCAGGAAACGGAUCUUGAUGUGGUUGAUGGAGACAGCUUGGAGGUUGUGGAGAGCAUGGACACGGGCUGCGACGAUGGGUUGUUUUCCUGUGACUCCCCAGAUGGUCCCUUUGCAGAUGACCAGGAAAACAGUGAUCCUGCAAAGAAGGCCUCAGGCAAACCGCCCACUCCUCCUUUGCACCGCUUUCCCUCUUGGGAAAGCAGAAUAUAUGCUGUAGCCAAGUCAGGCAUUCGAAUGUCUGAGGCCUUCAAUAUGGAGAAUGCUAAUAAAAAUUCUGCAAACAUACCUUCAUGCUCUUCAUCAGGCCUUUAUACGUCUCUGAUCUACAAGAAUAUGACAAUCCCAGUGUACACAACGUUAAAGGGGAAGGCGACGCAAAUAAGCUGCAGCCCUUUCCUGGAUGAUUCCUCUGGCUCCGAGGAGGAGGACAGCUCCAGGUCCAGCUCCCGGACUUCGGAGUCGGACACGCGCAGCCGCAGUGGGCCCAGCAGUCCCAGGGCCAUGAAGCGAGGCGUGUCUGACUUGUCCGUGGCUUCUGAAAGCGACUACGCCAUUCCUCCCGACGCCUAUUGCGUUGACGCUGAGUGCUCGCAGCCCGAGCAGAAACUCCCUAAAACCUGCUCAUCCUCCAGUGAAAACGGGAAAAAUGAGCCAUUAGAAAAAUCUGGCUAUCUGCUGAAAAUGAGCGGCAAAGUCAAGGCUUGGAAGCGGAGGUGGUUUGUUCUUAAAGGUGGCGAAUUGCUUUUCUACAAGUCUCCAAGUGAUGUAAUUCGGAAACCGCAGGGCCACAUUGAGCUCACAGCAUCCUGCAGUAUUUUAAGGGGCGCUAACAAGCAAACGGUUCAGCUUACCACAGAGAAACACACAUACUUUCUGACUGCUGAUUCUCCCAAUAUAUUGGAAGAGUGGAUUAAAGUGUUGCAGAAUGUUCUUCGAGUGCAAGCUGCUAACCCUCUUUGCCUGCAGCCUGAGGGCAAACCAACAGCAAAGGGAUUGCUCAACAAGGUGAAACACGGCUACUCCAAGAGGGUCUGGUGUAUGCUUGUUGGAAAGAUCUUGUAUUAUUUUCGUAGUCAAGAGGAUAAGUUUCCUCUAGGUCAGAUCAAACUGUGGGAGGCGAAGGUGGAGGAGGUGGACAGGUCCUGUGACUCCGAUGAAGAUUAUGAAGCCAGCGGACGCUGUCUGUUAUCCACUCACUACACCAUCGUUAUCCACCCCAAAGACCAAGGCCCAACUUACCUGCUGAUCGGAUCCAAGCACGAAAAGGACACUUGGCUCUAUCAUCUCACCGUUGCGGCCGGAAGUAACAAUGUAAAUGUCGGAUCCGAGUUUGAACAGCUGGUUUGCAAACUGCUCAACGCAGAGGGAGAGCCGUCUUCCCAGAUAUGGAGACAUCCUAUGCUGUGUCACAGCAAAGAAGGGAUCCUGUCCCCUCUGACCACACUGCCUUCGGAAGCUCUGCAGACAGAGGCCAUUAAGUUAUUUAAGACAUGCCAGCUUUUUAUAAACGCUGCGGUCGACUCCCCCGCCAUUGACUACCACAUUUCUCUAGCCCAGAGCGCUUUACAGGUCUGCCUGACACAUCCUGAGCUGCAGAAUGAAAUUUGCUGUCAGCUUAUUAAGCAGACAAGACGCAGACAGCCGCAGAACCAGUCAGGACCAUUGCAGGGCUGGCAGCUCUUGGCCCUCUGCGUGGGUCUCUUCCUUCCCCACCACCCUUUCCUGUGGCUCCUCCAGCUCCAUCUGAAAAGGAAUGCCGAUUCCAGGACAGAAUUUGGGAAAUAUGCCAUUUACUGCCAGCGAUGUGUGGAAAGAACUCAACAAAAUGGAGACCGAGAGGCCAGACCCUCAAGAAUGGAAAUCCUUUCCACCCUUCUUCGAAACCCUUACCACCACUCGCUGCCCUUCAGCAUACCGGUGCACUUCAUGAAUGGGAUCUACCAGGUAGUCGGGUUUGAUGCGUCCACCACAGUGGAAGAAUUUUUGAACACUUUGAACCAGGACACGGGAAUGAGGAAGCCAGCACAGUCUGGAUUCGCGCUGUUCACCGAUGACCCUUCUGGCAGAGACCUUGAACACUGUCUUCAGGGGAACAUCAAGAUCUGUGACAUUAUUUCUAAAUGGGAGCAGGCGUCCAAAGAACAGCAUCCCGGGAAAUGUGAGGGCACAAGAACUGUUCGGCUGACUUACAAAAACAGACUAUAUUUCUCAAUGCAAGUUCAUGGAGAGACUGAUAGAGAGAAGCUGCUGCUGCUGUAUCAGACAAAUGAUCAAAUCAUAAACGGCCUUUUCCCUCUGAACAAAGAUCUGGCACUAGAAAUGGCAGCACUUUUAGCCCAGGUGGAGAUUGGGGAUUUUGAAAGACCUUUCUCGACUCCAUCCAGGCAGCUGACUGACCAGUGCAAAACAAAUCAAACCCUCAAACAAGUCAUAGAGAAAUUUUACCCUAAAAGGUACAGAGAAGGCUGUUCUGAAGAACAGUUAAGGCAGCUUUACCAGAGACUCUCCACCAGAUGGAUGGCCCUCCGGGGACACAGUGCGGCUGAUUGCAUGCGCAUUUAUUUGACAGUGGCCAGGAAGUGGCCAUUCUUUGGUGCCAAGUUGUUCUUCGCAAAACCCAUAACAGCGUCAUCAUUUGGCAAUACUUUUGUGUGGCUGGCUGUCCAUGAAAAUGGAUUGAGCAUCCUAGAAUACAUCUCCAUGAGGUUAGUGGUCAGCUAUGUAUACAAGAGUCUGAUGACCUUUGGAGGCUAUCAAGAUGAUUUUAUGGUAGUCAUUAAUACUCAUUCAAAAGACCAACCAACAGAGAAGUUACUUUUUGCCAUGGCAAAGCCCAAGAUUCUUGAAAUCACCCUUCUGAUCGCCAGUUACAUCAACAACUUCUACCAGCAAAAGACGGCGCUCCACCACCUCUCUGCCCCGGCGCUGCUCUCAGCCAGGACCGAGGCACCCCAAGCCAGGGUCCUGGGGAGACAGCCUCUUCUCGCAAACAGCAGACCCACCAAAGGCCCUACUUUACUCUGAAAGCUCCUGAGCCUGAACCUUCACUCCUCGUUCUCCACUACGCAAGGCUGCCUCUGCUGCCAACAAUGUUUACACCCUGCCGACAUGGCGCUCACACCAGCACUCCAGACUCAGCAGUAACGGCUCACUCUCUAAGAAUCUGAGAGAGGGUUGGAAUAUUUAGAUAACAAUAAAACAUAAACAGAAACUGUGCCAGCAGCUCACUGUGUCUUAGACAAGGUAGGUUAGAAUUUGUUUCUCCCCCACCAACACCCCCAAUCUCCCUUCUUGGCCCGCAGACGUUGGGCAACAAGGCUUCUCAUUUUGCUUUUAAAUGUCCUGGCAAUCUUUUGAAAGGGUGAUUCCAAACUCUCAUUUGGUAAACCAGUUGACUAUCCGGAAAGGCUCACUGCCAAAGAAU